AUGACAGACGACACUAUCGAACCCACUGCGCAGGAGCACAAGCCGCUCUCGUGGCUCCGCCUCCGGUCGCCAGUCGUCCAGAACCUCAUCUGCUCGUGCGUCCUCGCCAUGACGCCGGGCAUCCUCCUCGCCCUCACGGCCAUGGGCGCUGGAGGGGGCAAGCCGAACACUGUAAGCUUCUUUAACCAAACGAAUGUCAUCCUGUACAGCGUGUUCACCGUCUCGUCCAUCCUCGCCGGCUCGGCAAUCAACAUGUUCGGCCCGCGCUACUGCCUCGCGUUCGGAUCGACAGGCUACGCGCUGUACGUCGGCGGGCUGUGGUACUUCUCCAACACGGGCCGGGAGCCGUUCCCGCUCUUCACGGCCGCGUACCUGGGUGUGACUGCCGGUUUUUUGUGGGACGCGUCGGGGUACACGUCGCAGGCGUACGCGCCGGAGCGGCGCAAGGCGCUCUUCAUCGCGCAGCAGUGGAGCAUCAUCUGUAUCGGCUCGGCGGUCGGCAGCGCGAUCGGCCUCAGCGCCAACUACAACAAGACGAAGGCGACCGGCGUCGGGCCGGCCGUAUAUGGCGCAUUCAUUGGCAUCCACCUCCUCGCUGGGAUCAUCGCGCUGUGCUUCAUCGUCGACCCGCGCACCGUGCGCCGCAACGACGGGACGUACCUCGCUGUCUUUCCCCAUGCGAGCUUGCGCGACGAGCUUAGAGGCAUGUGGGAGACGCUGCAUAACCCCCGCGUCAUGAUGUUCAUGUUUGCGGCGUUUGCGCUCGACUUGUGGCUCCCGAUCCUCGGCAGCUGGAACUCGUUUACCUUCAGCCUGCGUGCUCGCACCCUCAACUCUAUGGUGUUUUACCUCAUCCAGAUCCCCUCCGCAUUCUUCUGCAACUGGCUCGUGUCAACAGACCUCGUCCCCUCGCGCCGCAAGCGCAUCGCAUACGCCCUCACCUGGGCGACAGUCAUCAACGUCGCCGCUUGGGCAGCCUGGAUCCAGUACCUCGCCAAGCACAACCUCGACCGGCACAAGCCAGGCCCCGCGCUCGACUGGACAAUGGGGCGGGCGUGGGCCGAGCCAUUCGGCAUCUACCUCGUGAUGGGCAUCAUGGCCCCCGUGCUCCGCAACUUUUGUCUCUACAUGUGCUCGAUCGCGUCCAAUGACCCGACAAAGCAGGCGCGCUACAAUGCAGUCCUGCACAGCAUGCCGCAGGCGGGCAUCUGCGUGGCCUUCGGCGUGGACAGCACCAAGAUCCGGUACUUGUACGAGGCGGCCGCGUGGUUCGGCGUCACGAUCGCGUCUCUCGUUGUCGCUGCCAUCGGGGUCGCGCUAUACGCUACCGAGACGCUGUAUGGUGCUGCCGGCGAGGAGAACGUCAUUGUGCCCACUGUUGAGGCGAAGACUCUCGGAAUUGACACGCACGGCGAGAUGGUCACUAUCGAGGCUAAGGACGGCGCGCACGUGGCUGUGCAGGGUGUCGAUGAGAAGAAGGUGUAA